GAAUCCCUGUUAACUUCAAAAAUUCCAUUUAUCGAGCGCCCUGGUACUGACAAGACCAGUAAAAUUAUUUUAAAACAUCCUUUCGUAAAAAACAUCAUCACGGUUGCCAUUUUGGAUGUUAAUGGUGAUAAUUACAGAGUUGGAGAUUCAGAAUGGCCUAACGGAUCAAGAUCAGACGUUUUAUAUGAACCAUUAGAUAGAUCCUUGAAGCAAUCACCUAUAAUUGUUGAAGUUCAGAGAACAGUUGAUGUCAAUUUCAUGGCAAGAGUUGUUCAUUAUUGUGUAAUGGCUUAUCGUCGUUAUCAAGUCUUCCCUGUACUACUGGUAUUCGCUCCCGAACAUGUAUCAAUACCUACUGAAAAUAUGCGCCCAUCAAAUGUUAAUGGUGCUUUAUCACUUAACUGUGAAUAUUGGGCCAGAAAAGGAUAUUUGAUUAGACUUAAAAAUGUUUCUAUGCUUACCAGCUCAACUGAUCCAUUUGCUGCAGUUUUAAAUUUUAUACUUCAACAACAGACUAGUUUAUUGGAAAAUAACUCGUUGGAAAAUCUGACUAUUAGACAAUUAUUUUCAAUUGCAACAGAAGUCUUACGAGAAAAUAUUGAUCGAGAGCAACAAUUACUUAAUGCUAUCAACUGUGCUUGUGAUGUAUGUGGGAGUUAA